UUGAUUGUAACUACACUCAUUGAUGAGUUGAUCGAUAUCGAGUUGAAGCCAUUGCCAUGGCUCCAUCAUCAUCAUCUCUGUCACCUCUUAAGGUGACGAUGGACCUUCAUCUCCAUAACCGCCAGAAGCUUCUCUCCUCCCUUCGUCAACACCUCUCCCUCUCUUCCCGUCCUCUUCACGGCUUCCUCCUCUUCGAGGGCGGCGAAGAACAAACGCGUUACGACACCGAUCACGGCGAGCUUUUCAGGCAGGAGAGUAACUUUGCUUACUUGUUUGGAGUCAAAGAACCUGGUUUCUAUGGCGCUAUUGAUGUUGCCACUGGUGAUUCUAUCCUAUUUGCUCCUAGGUUACCUGACGAGUAUGCUGUUUGGUGUGGAGAGAUAAAUCCUCCCUCAUUUUUUAAGGAGCACUACAAGGUUAGCACAGUAUGCUAUACAGAUGAAAUUGCAACUGUUCUGCAACAACGUUACCAGGGUUCGGGGAAGCCCUUUCUGUUUCUCUUGCAUGGCCUUAAUACUGAUAGCGAUAAUUUCUCUAAACCCGCAGAGUUUCAGGGCAUUGAUGAGUUUGAUAAGGAUCUGACUACUUUGCAUCCAAUAUUGACUGAAUGUCGUGUCAUCAAGUCAGAGCUGGAGAUUGCUAUUAUUCAGUAUGCCAAUGAUAUAAGCUCUGAAGCUCAUAUUGAGGUUAUGAGAAAUGCUAAGGUGGGCAUGAAGGAGUAUCAGCUUGAAAGCAUGUUUCUUCACCACACCUACUUUUAUGGUGGAUGUCGGCAUUGCUCUUAUACAUGUAUUUGUGCUACUGGUAAUAAUGGUGCUGUGCUUCAUUACGGGCAUGCAGCAGCUCCUAAUGACAAGACUUUGGAAGAUGGAGACAUGGCGCUGCUUGAUAUGGGAGCUGAAUACCACUUCUAUGGGUCUGACAUAACAUGUUCUUUCCCUAUAAAUGGAAAGUUUACAAGUGACCAAUUGCUUAUAUAUAGUGCUGUCCUUGAUGCUCAUGAUGCUGUUAUAUCUGCAAUGAAACCUGGAGUAAGCUGGGUUGAUAUGCACAUGUUAGCAGAAAAAGUUAUUCUGGAGUCACUGAAGAGGGGACAUAUUGUUGUGGGCAACGUUGAUGACAUGAUGGCUGCACGCUUGGGUGCUGUAUUUAUGCCUCACGGUCUGGGGCAUUUCCUUGGCUUAGAUACCCAUGACCCUGGAGGCUACUUAAAGGGUCCGGAAAGAAGAAAGGAACCUGGAUUAAAAUCCUUGCGUACAGCCAGGGAGCUCCAGGAAGGAAUGGUUAUCACUGUGGAGCCGGGCUGCUACUUUAUUGAUGCUUUGUUACUUCCGGUCAUGAAAAGUCCAGAAACUUCCAAGUUCUUGAACCAGGAAGUGAUUAAGAGAUUUAAUGGUUUUGGUGGAGUCCGAAUUGAAAGUGAUUUGCUUGUUACCGCCAGUGGUUGCUACAAUAUGACCAAGUGUCCCAGGGAAAUACAGGAGAUUGAGGCAGUGAUGGCAGGGGCACAAUGGCCGGCUAAGAAGUCCUCAACGCAUGUUGGAAUAGGAAAUGGAUUAUAAAGCUUAGUUUGACUUAUGAAUAAGUGCUUUACAACAGCUCUCAACUGUAACGUUUCUAUCUGAGGCCAUGUUUGUUUAUAUGAACAAUAAUCACACAUGUACCAUAGCAUUAAAACCUGAAAGGAAGAAAUUGUUGCUAUAGCCAGAGUCUGUUUGAGUGUGGCCAAUGUUUAAGGGCGUGUUUGCAUUUACUUUUUUUGCUCAACGUCAUGGUGAGGGAAGCUUGGAGCUUCUUUCACGUUUGCACUAUGAGAAUGAUCAAUCAUGAGUUCCAAUGGCUGUGAAUGUGCUUUUGGAUACGUAUUUAUGUGAGCGUACCUUCUAAGACAAUUUGAAUAUGUUUUUGGUCA